CUAUGCCUCAAAGCCCAGUGAGGACUACGAGGACCCUCAGGAUGUGGAGGGCAUCCGUGCGGCUCGGGAGAAUCUGGGCGACUGUAAGCUGAAGUCUGCAGAGGACUUCACCGUUCCUGAACACCUGAGGAUGAACGUGGAGAAGAAGAGAGCGCAGCUGCUGGAGCUGGAGAGGAAGAUCUUUGAGCAGAAGUCUGAGAUGAACCUGCGUGUGCUGGCGCUGCGGGACCAGAAGGUGGCGCUGCUGUCUGAGCUGCAGGCGCAGGUGGAGCAGCUGCAGGCCGUCCAGCAGACCCUGCCGCUCCAGAAGCACCGCCCGCUGCCCGCGCUGCCCGUCCUGCUGCCCGCCGAGGUGCCCGAGAGGAGGCACCGCUACACCCGCGCCACCCUGGAGCGCUUCAACACGCUGAGACUGCAGGAGGAGCAGGACAUCCUGGAGCUGCUGGAGGCGCAGGACACACACACAGAGGAGGACACACACACCCAGAGCCAGGACACACACGCGGUGGAGGACACACACUCUCAGCAGGAGGAGCUGACACUGCUGGAGGAGCAGAUGAGGGAGAUGGAGGAGGCCAGGGGACUGAACCUGCAGGAGCAGCUGCUUACACAGAUGCAGGACAGUGUGUGUCGCUUCGAUGCGGAGCUGUGUGUUCUGCGUCAUGAGAAGCAGCAGCUGGACGUGAGUCUGAAACUGGCGGACCUCCGACACGUGACGCUGUUCGAGGAGCUGCUGCUGCUAAGGGACUUCCAGAAGAGGGAGGAGAAGCUGACCGAGAGACUGCGCACAUACCGGCAGGAGGAGGACGACAUACAGGGCCGCAUGCGUGAGUGUCAGCGUCAGAUGGAGCUGAGGAAGCGUGAUGUUCAGCGUCUGCAGAACAGAGAGAAGAGCAUCUCCACCUCCUUCCAGACGUCUCUGGGGGAGAACCAGCGCUUCGAGGAGUUUCUGACCCGCGUCUUCAAGAAGAAGAUCAGGAGGACCAAGAAGAAAGAGACACACACCGCUCAAGAUGGAGAUCAGUCUGAGGAUGAAGAGGACAGUGAUGAAGACUCUGAUGAAGACUCAGACGCAGAGGAUGAGGACGACUAUGAGGAGUCUGAGGCUGGAGCUGCACUGGACGACACUGUGUGUCCACCGAACUGUGACGCUGCGCUCUUCGAGAACACACUGCGUCUGCGGGAUCUCCGUGUGGAUGUGGAGGAGCAGCUGCAGGACCAGAUGAAGACGCUCGACACCCUGAAGAAGGACUACGACACACUGAGCAAGAAGCAGCACCGGCAGCUCACACCCCAGCUCACUGACAUGGAGACGCGCAUCAGGGAGUCAGAGGUGCGCUGUGAGCAGCUGAUGCUCCUGAAGUUCGGGAAGCUGGUGGAGCUGGAGGUCCUGCAAACACUAGCAGGAAACAGGAAGGUGGAGGAGAUGAGACAGGAAGUCAGAGAGCGGGACGCCAGAUACACUCAAGAGCUCAAACACUGGCAGGCUGAGGUUGUAAAGGCGAAAGCGUGUGUGACUGCAGUGAUGAAGCUGAACACUGAGCGACUGCAGAAGAUCAACCGACUGAUGACACAGAAGAAGACACUGGAUGAAGAGCUCGACUGCAGACAGAGGAGAACGGUGUGUCAGUAUGCAGGUGGUCUGGUGGAUGAGCAGGAGCUCCAGAGGCUGCAGCAGCUGAUCUCGGGUCAGUCUCAGGACAUCGCGGCUCUGAAUGUGGAGAUUCAGGCUCUCUCCCGUAAAGACGGACACAUCCUGCCUCCGCUGGAGCCCGUCCUGCGCCCCGCACACACACACACAGCCAGCGGCACCGGGGCCCACAGCAAACUCACACUGAGCGGCAGAGCUGUCAAAUAAACACACACACACACACACACUCUAUUUACACAAACACACACACACAGACAGAGUGUGCAGGUGUGAGAAUGCAGUGAAGAGUCUCUGUGUGAUGUACAGGUGUGUGUCUCCUCCUCAGGGCCUGUCAGGACUCUUCUCCUGGUAUUUAAUCAUAAUAAAGCAAGUUUAUUCACUCAUUCUCCUUCA